AACAUCUCCUGCGAGUGACAUCAUUACUCUCUUGCCUCUCGCCGACAGGCACAUGUCAGGACCACAUGGCAAACAUCCACCGGAGUGGAGCCUGUCUGACAGUUGGACGAUGGGGUGAGGAGGAGUCUGCUGCUGGGAGAAUCAGGGGCUAUAAAAGGCUUUUCCUUUGGCCACAGCCAAACUUCCUGCACCACAGCAGAUCCUGCAGCCUGCUCCCGUCUGGACCUGAGCACCAAACCCAAACGAAGACAAAGUUCUUCCUGUUUAAGUCAGGCAGCAUGGAUGUAAGUAGUACAUCAAACUCUCAGAUCCCCACACUGGUUUCCUCCAUCUUCUCCACUCUGUCUCUUCCGCGUAUCUCCCUGCUGGCUCCUGACCCUCCUCUCUCUCCGUCUUCCCCCUCUCCUCCGUCUCAGCAUGCCGACGCUCUGUGUGGCGGCUGCCCGCCCUCUGGUUCUGCUCCGCAGUCCGGCGGCCUCUGGCCCACUCUGCCGCCGUCCGGAGCCGGGUUCCCCGCGUGGCCCGGGCAGCCCACCCAGCCCGUCCCGUGCUGGACCGGCCAGCCAAACACCGCCUGCUGGCCCGCUCCCCAACCGGCUCCGGUUUCAGUUCCCGCUCCUAUUUCAGUUUCCGCGCCGACUCAAGUUAUAACGCCACCAGCACCGACCGCAACGUUGGUCCCAGCGCCAGUUCAGGUUCCGACUCCCGCAGUCCAGCAGCCCUGUCAGCCAUGUUGGCCUGCCACGCAGUACCAGCCGUCCCAGCAGCCGGCUCCAAUUCAAACCCAGGUGCCUGCUCCAGUUCCGGCCGCCGCCACCGUCCACCCGGGCUUACCCGGCUGGCCUGCUCACCCAGGCUGGCCUUAUAACCCGGGACAGUCAGGAUGGCCCGGACAGAAUCCAUCUAUGAUGCCGCCCCACUGGCUUCCCCCUACAUCUGGACCUAUGAGUGUGCCGUACAACUUAAACCUGGCUCGAGGAGUAUAUGACAAAAUGAUGAUGACAAUCCUGGGUUUUGUCAAACCCAAUGCCAAAAUGUUCACAGUCAACUUCCUGAGAGGCAACGACAUUGCCUUUCACAUCAACCCACGCUUUAACGAGGGGGGCAAGCAGGUGGUCGUCCGGAACCACAAACUGGGGGAUCGCUGGGGCCCGGAGGAGAGGGACCUUAAGGGACCCUUCCCUUUCGCUCCUGGGAGUCCGUUUGAGGCUAACGUUUGGAAAAGGUGGAAAAGGUUGGAAGGUCGUUUGUGCAGCCGGAUCCUAGAUAAGAGCGCUGCUUUACUGCAGGGAGGCUCCUGGAGAUGAAGAUCCUGUGCACUCCCGAGACGUUCAGGGUGGCGGUGAACAACAUCCCGCUGUUCGAGUUCCGCCACCGCGUCCGAGAGCUGAACCAGAUCGACCGGAUCAACAUCCUGAACGACGUCGUCCUCACCUACGUCAACGUGGAGACGCUUCCUUAGGCAACCCGCGGCAGAUUUUUUAAAUAUUUAUAUAUACUUUUCACUCAGAAAUAAAGCACGGGUUGUCGGCUGACUUUAAGAAAUGUGCUUAAAUCUGAACAAUUUUUUUUUUUUUUUUUUUUGCAGUUUUCUGAAACAACUGACUUGGAUUGUUUUCAGGAUGAGCUUUAACUUAUCUGUUGGGACCAAAGAAAUCUAAUAGCAUUGCCUGUGUUUACUUCUAGGGGUCAGCAUGAACUAAUGAUGGUAUUGCUUUUUAAUGAUUUACUAUUAUAUGAAUAUUUAGGUCUUUUUCCAGGUUUCAUGACGCAAGUAAUACAAACUUAAUCGUGUUUUUUGUUGUUUUUACAGAUAUCAAUCCUGGACAAACACUAGCUAAAAUAAAAUCUAGCUAACCAUAAAAAAUGUAAAUGAAAGUUGAAAUGAUGUCGUGGAAUAAUUUGAUUUUGCAAUAUUUGUUGCAAAAUCAAGAGGAAAGCAUCAAAAUGUGCACGUCCAUGCAAUGUUUACUUUGCAAAAUAUUUUAUACAUUUUUUUUCAUUAUCACUGAUAAUGAUGAUUAUGUACAUUUGUGUUACAUAUAGCUGCAAUAAGUGCAAAUCACCGCCUUUGUAAUGGAUUUAACCAUUUAUUGCAUCUUUAUUUUUCAGUUUGAAGAGUUUGUCCUAAUUGUUUACAUCGUUUUGUUUAUUAAAUAAAACGUCACUAACUAAUUUGGUGAAGUGAACCUUCAAUAAAAGUUUGAGCAGGAAA